AUGCCUCAGAAGGUCUAUGUCACCUACAACCAGGUGCACAAGCUGUGCCAGCAGUCUGCCGACACCAUCCUCAAGGAGUUUCACCCCAACCUGAUGAUCGCCAUUGGCGGUGGUGGUUACGUCCCUGCUCGUAUUCUCCGAUCUUUCCUCAAGCGCUCCGGUGACCCCAAUAUCCCCAUCCAGGCCAUCGGUCUGUCCCUCUACGAGGACCUCGGCCGUGACGAUCCCGAGGAGGUCCCUGGCACCAAGGUCACCCGCACACAAUGGCUUGACCUGAGCUCGCUCGAGAUGGCCAACCUGAUCGGCAAGAACAUCCUCAUCGUCGACGAGGUUGACGACACCCGCACCACCCUGGAGUACGCCGUGCGUGAGCUGGAGAAGGAUGUGGAGCUGGCUCAGAAGCAGCUUGGCCGUGAGGGCGAGAAGACCAACUUCUUCGUUUACGUUCUGCACAACAAGAACAAGGCGAAGAAGGGUGUCCUGCCCACCGACAUGAUGGAGAGCGGUCGCUACCACGCCUCAGUCACCACCGAGGACGUGUGGAUCUGCUACCCUUGGGAGGCCAAGGACAUCGAUGAGCACGACGCCCUGGCCAAGGAGAACCCUCUUGUCUGA